AUAGCAUCAAUCAGCUGAUUCAGAAUCUGGACCAUUGGCAUCAUGAGACUAGUAAUUCUUGAUAAUUAUGAUUAUGUCAGUGAAUGGGCAGCUAAAUAUAUCAGGCGUAGAAUUAAAGAUUUUAAUCCUGGACCAGAUAAAUACUUCACUUUAGGUUUACCUACAGGUAGUACUCCAUUAGGAACUUAUAAAAAGUUAAUAGAAUUCAUCCAACAAGGGAAGCUGUCUUUCAAAUAUGUCAAGACGUUCAAUAUGGAUGAGUAUGUUGCUAUACCAAGGGACCAUCCUGAAAGUUAUCAUUCCUUUAUGUGGAACAAUUUCUUCAAACACAUUGACAUAGAUCCAAAGAAUGCCCACAUACUGGAUGGCAAUGCCACAGAUUUGAUAAAGGAGUGUACUGAUUAUGAGAAAAAGAUCACAGAUGCUGGUGGGAUUGAACUGUUUGUUGGAGGUAUAGGCCCUGAUGGUCAUAUAGCUUUCAAUGAACCAGGAUCCAGUCUGGUGUCAAGAACUCGUAUCAAGACACUAAAUAACGACACAAUUAUUGCCAAUGCUAGAUUUUUUGGAGGAGAUCUGUCUAAAGUUCCUAAACAGGCCUUGACAGUUGGAGUUCAAACUGUUAUGGAUGCAAGGGAGGUGAUGAUUCUGAUCACAGGAGCCCACAAAGCCUAUGCCUUACACAAAGCGAUAGAAGAGGGUGUCAGUCACAUGUGGACUGUCUCAGCAUUCCAGCAGCAUCCGCAGACGAUUUUUAUCUGUGAUGAAGAUGCAACUUUAGAGCUGAAAGUCAAAACAGUCAAGUAUUUUAAAGGCUUGAUGGAUCUUCAUAAUCAGCUGAUUGAAGAGAAAUGAUGAAUAAAGACAAAAUAAAAAAUAGAAUUUCAAAAAUUGCUGUAUGGUGGGAUUUUUUGGGGGAAGGAGAUUGUCAAUGUGGAAGGAUUUCUUGAUGAGAAGAACCAUUGGUUUUUCUUAAAUUUGCAUUGCUGUGAUAUAGCCUUUUUGCACUGAUGCGGCCUAAUGCAAACAUCAAUCAAUCAUAAACUUUGCAAUGUAUUUUUGUAAAGACCAAAAAACCCCAUCAUGCACUUUUUUCUGAAAACAGCAAAAACUUGGCAAUCAUUUAGACAUUGUGCUAAAUUAUCGUAGGGUACUUUAUAUUUAUACUGAUUGUAGAAAUUAGCUGAAUUAUAAAAGUAGAUUUUUGGGGUCAAAAUAUGAAAAAUUGGUAAAAUUGAUUAUAUAGUCAUAGUUAAUACUAUUCAGGUGUAGGCCAAAAUAAUUCCAUACUAUAAUUUUUCUCAUAUAAUUAGGCUAGGAUUCUUGUUCAAUGCUUUAUAGUAGAGCUAGGCAAAGUAGGAUAUGGUAUGUUUAUCUGCAUUUGAAAGUAAGAAUGGGGUGCAUUGAGGGAUAGUGUAAAUUUGCAGACAUAGGAUGGGAUAAGUAAAUGUAGUUUGCCACAAUUUGUGGACAUUAACUUAAAGAUACAGGAAUAUACAAAAUUAAGUAAAAUAUAUUUAACAAUUAUUUAAAAUUUAAAUUAUAAACAACAUGAUCAAUAUAUGUAUUGUUUACAUUAUUCAAAAAUGGCAGCAUGUUUCCUGAUCAGCACUAAAAACUGGACACAUGAAUUCCUCCAUGCCUAGCCCUAGUGAAGCAAAGCAAAGAUUGGCCAGUAUACCAUGCUAAAUAUAAGAUCUGUUUAUCUAUUCAUUGUAAUCUCUGAAAAUAUUUUCUGAUUUGUUAGAGGUUGUACAAAAAUGAUUAAAAUGCAAGAGAGAUGUUUUUGUUUUGAAUUAUAUUUAAUGAGUUAAAUUCAUUGUAAAAUUCUUUUACAUAGAUUGAUUAUAUUUUUGUCUGUUUAUAUAGAUCUAUAUUUAAUGAGUAAAAUUCUGUGUAAAAUUCUUUUACAUAGAUUGAUAAUAUUUUUGAUCUGUUUAUAUAGAUCUAAAAUCAAAUUUUGUGUAUUCAUGUAUGCUUUUUGAAUUCAUAUUGUGUGAUGUGCAGUGCAUGUACAAUUACAUUUAAGAAUUAGCUUUAUAAAUUUUCAGUAUUGAUCAGGACUUCUACAAAAGGGCAUGGAGUCUUUAAAAAAAAAGUAAAUUAUAUUUUUAUACUUUAAUGGUCUGUCAGGCUAAUUUAGUAUUUAAUAUUUUCAUUAAAUAUUGGAAUCCAUUGUUCUCUAGCAUUAACAUGAUUAAGUUUAAAACUUUUUUUUUGUUCUUUUUUUAAUUUAGAAUUAACAUGAUUUAUAUAUUAUUGUUUUAUGAUUUAUUUUUUUUUUUGGGGGGGGGAGUAAAUGUAACCAUGUUGAGAAGGUCAAAAACAAAAUUCUGUAAUAUUUUAUACACUUGCAUUAUGUUCGAAUAGCAUUUUUAAUAGAAUAUACUGAACAGAAUGCAAAAAAGUAAAAUUUAGCAACAACAAAAAAUGUCAUAUUUAAACGUUUACACAAAUUACAUUCCAUUAUACAAUGUAUUAAAUUUACCAGAAUGUAUUACUUGAAAGGACACUUUUUUUGUUGAAGUGCCAGUAUUAGAUAAUGGAUUUAUUUUGUCAAGCAUUUUGAGGAAUUUCCGGGUAUUAAAUAGUUGUAAUUAAUGAAGUCCACAAUUUUUCAGCUGCCCUUGCCAUCAAUUUAUAUUUUUAUAUCUUGAAUGUAUAUACAUUUUUUAUUUGUGUACAGAUCUGUAUAAGUGCUGGAUUGUACAAGAAUAUUUAUGACAUCUUUUUAAAAUUUAAGAAAAACAAUGAAAAUCUCUAUUGUGAAAUCAGUCACUAAGACUUGAUUCCCAGAAUGCAGUGUUUUGGAAUAACCAAUAUUAUGUCAAAAGUGUUGUCAUGGAUUCAUAAUAAAGUGCUAUAAAUUAUAGAACAAAAACAGAAAUAUCAGUAGGACAAACCUCAUCAUCGGGAAAAAGAGCAGAGGUUCCCAAUAUUGCCUUUUGAAGGUGUAAAAAUUACUAUUUAUUAUCAAAACUUGCUGGAUUGCCAUGCUCAAUAAAGAUCAUUUGAUAUUUAAAUCAUGUAAUCUGAAAUCUUGAAUCUACAUAUGUUGAAAUCCUAUGUAUAUUCAUCUUUUUCUUCACUAAGUAAUUCUAGAUAGAAAGAUAAAUAAUUUCUACUUUUAAUAUGCUGGUAACUUUCCAAAGCCAGUAAAUACUUUUCAUAUGUUCAUGAAAUAUUAACUGAAGUUUAGUGGUAAUGAUGGAGUUCUCAUAUGGAAAAGUAAAAAGAUGUCAUAAAUUCAUUUCUUCUUUAUUAUUUUACUGUAAAUGAGUUCAGUGCACUGGUUUCUGAUGGUGCUAUUUGUAAAUUAUUUUAUAUAUUCACUUUAUAUGUAGACAGGGUUUUAUUUAGUUUUGUCUUAUACUACACUUGAAAAUACCAUUGCAAUUAUGAAAAAAUGAACUGGGUUGUACUCUUGGAAAAAAGAAAUUCACAUUCUGAUUUGCAUUUUAUAAGUAACUUUCAAUGUAGUUUUGAACACAGAGUGAGUGCAAAACAUCUCAUCAUUUUUUUUGUGUAUUUUCUUUGGGACUCUGAUUUUUUAAUCCCCCCCCCCCC